UUCAGCUUGAAGGGGAAGUAAAACUCCUGUUGUUUUUUUGACAACACCGAAUGUCAUUUCCAGCGUGUGUCUGCUGUUAUAACGAUAAAUAAAUGUGCAACGAUGACUCAAUAAACCGCUGAUCAAUCAAUUUAAUGCGGUGAAAUGACAGAGCUGUAGAUCAGGCGAACGAUGCUAAGCUAACACCAGUUGAUCUGAUGUGUCCCUACGUUGAGUGAAUGUGUGACUCUUCACCUUUCCUGGGAUUAAACAUCUGCAAUUUCAGCUGAUACGGGAUUUGUUUUUGUACUGCAGACUUGCAUUUCAAAAUUUAAGGAUGGAGACGUUUGAAAGUGAAAGAGCCCCACUGCCCAGGAACAUGAUCGAGAACAGCAUGUUUGAGGAAGAGCCAGAUGUUGUGGAUUUGGCAAAAGAGUCCCCAUCCUAUCACAUCGAUUCAGAUGAUGUAACCUAUGAACCCCGCAGCUCACGACUUUUGGUUCGAGGGCUUGGAGAAAAUGACAUGGAUGAAGACGAGGAAGAUUAUGAGUCCUCCGCCCGUCUUCUUGGCAUGUCCUUCAUGAACCGCAGCUCCAGUCAGCGCAGUGCUGCCUCUUCCUACACCUGCCAGCAGCCUUCCAGGUCAUGUUCAACGCUUUCAACCAAGACUACAGCAGUAGGGGUUCUCAUCCUGGUGCUGGUGGUCUCCAUGUUCAUGGUCAUCUACUUUGUACCAAGCUGCACUUUCACCAAGAAGGGCUGUCAGAAGAGCAACUCAAGCAUGGGCAGCAUCUAUCCGAUUUCCACAAGCGGAGAACUUUUCCCAUGGACUGACCUGAGGUUGCCACUCAGCGUGCAUCCUGUGCAUUAUAAUAUUUCACUCCAUCCUGACCUGAACUCAAUGACCUUUCAAGGCAAUGUAUCCAUCGUAGUUAAAGUCUUGCACGAGACGAAGAAUAUUAUUCUACACAGUUCGGAUAUGAACAUAAUCAAGGUCACUUUUGAAGAUAAAGAGUACCGCUUCCUGGAGUACAAACCAUGGCAGCAGAUCGCCAUCAAGUUUCCAGAAGAUCUUAAGAAGGGACAAUACGUCUUGAAAAUUUCCUACAAAGCAAACCUCUCCAACAGCUACGAUGGCUUUUACAACAGCUCCUAUGUUGACACAGCUGGUACAAAGAGAGUUCUGGCCGCUACUCAAUUUGAGCCUCUGGCAGCCCGCAAAGCUUUCCCUUGUUUCGAUGAGCCAGCCUUUAAAUCAACUUUUGUAGUUAAAAUGACCAGAGAUGCCAAAUACAUCAGCCUUUCAAACAUGCCCAAGAUAAAAACCACAGAUUUGAAUGAAAAUGGCCUUCAGGAAGAUGAGUUCGAGAGUAGUGUAAAAAUGAGCACUUACCUGGUUGCAUUUAUCGUGGCUGAAUUCAGCAGUCACAGCAAAAACGUCUCUAAAACUACAGUGUCGGUGUAUGCAGUUCCAGACAAAAAAGACCAAGUGCAUUACGCUUUGGAGACGGCUUGUAAACUGUUGGUGUUCUACAAUAGGUUCUUUGAGAUAGACUACCCUUUAAGCAAACUAGAUUUAGUGGCCAUUCCUGACUUUCUCGCUGGAGCCAUGGAAAACUGGGGACUAAUCACAUUCCGUGAGACAACUUUGCUAGUAGGAAAUCAAUCCUCUCCCUUCGACAAGCAACUAGUGACCUCCGUCAUUGCUCAUGAACUUGCCCACCAGUGGUUUGGAAAUCUGGUCACUAUGAGAUGGUGGAAUGAUCUUUGGCUGAAUGAAGGAUUUGCAACCUACAUGCAGUACAUGUCCAUCGAAAAUGUCUUCUCAAACCUUGACAUAGACAUUGAAUUCUUAAAUGUGCGUUUUAAAGCUCUGGCCAAAGAUGCGCUAAACUCCUCCCAUCCAGUGUCUGCUUUUGUGAGCACACCAGAGCAGGUGGAGGAGAUGUUUGACUCUGUGUCUUAUGAGAAGGGAGCCUCAAUACUGCUGAUGCUCAACGCAACACUCAGAGAUGGGGAGUUUCGCAAAGGAGUGAUUGAGUACUUACAAAAUUAUAAUCUGUCAAACACCGAAAGCAAAGACUUAUGGAACAGUCUCUCCCAGGUGAGCAAACAAAGUCUAAAUGUCUCUGAGAUGAUGAACACCUGGACUGUUCAUAAGGGCUUUCCUCUGGUCACAGUUAAGAGAAGCGGCACUCAAGUGACUUUGUCGCAAGAACACUUCCUUCUGAAUGCCGAAAACGGCACAGACGACAGCAGCUUGUGGCAUAUUCCGCUGACGUAUGUAAAUGACAGCUGUAGUGUGCUCCGUUCCUGCAAGCAAGUCUUUCAUCUCAAGGACAAAGCAGACUCGUUACAGCUUCCAGGUCAGGUGAAAUGGUUGAAGUUCAACUUUAGGAGUGAUGGCUUCUACAUAGUGCAUUAUGAUGAGCAGGGAUGGAGCGACUUGAUUAGUGCUUUGAAGGUGGACGUGAAUGUCCUCCCCUCUGAAGACAAGGCAGCUCUCAUCAAUAACAUCUUCGCUCUCUCCAGAUUGGGCAAAGUGUCUUUCAGGCAGGUCUUAAACCUCAUGGAGUACAUCAGAAAUGAGACCGAGACGGCUCCGCUGACUGAAGCUCUCUCUCAGCUUGGUCAGAUCUACCGGUUGCUGGACAAAAGAUCAGACCUGAAUUUGGCUUCUAGAAUGACGACUUACAUCAAGGACCAUUUCGGGAGUUUGAUGGAGAGUCAGUCGUAUGAAGUGGAAACUUCUGUGUCCAAGAUGACGCUUCGCUCUGCCUUGCUGGAGACGGCAUGUGCUCUCAAGGGACCAAACUGCACAACACAGGCCAGACAUCUGUUUGAUCAGUGGCUUGCUUCAAACAAGACUUUGCAGAUUCCCAGCGAUCUGAUGAGAACGGUCUUCAAAGUUGCUGCCCAAACAGAUGAAGGAUGGAGUGAGCUUCUAGACUCUUAUAAACACUCCAUCUAUGACACAGAGAAGCGCAAGAUGUUGGAAGCCUUGGCAAGCACUCAGGAUGUACGGAAAAUCAUUUGGAUCCUGCAGAAAAGUCUUGAUGGGAGUGAAAUUCAAAAUCAAGAAUUUCCUUUGGUGAUCCACACAGUUUGCAGGGACUUUGCUGGCUACCUCUAUGCUUGGGAUUUUAUGAAGGAGAACUGGGAGAAAAUCACCCAGAAGUUUCCAGUUGGAUCCUUUGCCAUUCAGAGCAUCAUCACAUCUACAACAAGCCAGUUUUCUACGAAAACACAUCUCACAGAGGUCCAGAACUUCUUCAGCUCUCUAGGAGCGAAGGGCUCUCAGAUGAGGAUCGUGCAGGAAGCCAUUGAGACCAUCAAACAGAACAUGCGAUGGAUGGAGAAGAACUUGAAGACACUCCAGAUCUGGUUGUAGUGAGAGGUCCUGUGCCUCUCACUCCCUCAGGUGAAGAGAUUUCAGUGUCGACAGCCAGAGCUAGAAAUGUACAAACGUUAGGUCAAGCUUGAGACAGAAAGGGCAGGGUUACUUGGAUGUAAAGGGCCAUUUAAAAAUAUAUAUAUAUAUUUUCAGGGCAUCUCGUAGGGAAUUUUCCUGAGCUGUGAAAUAGCCAGAAGCUUGCCAAUUAUCUGUCUGAUAGCAUUUAGCCUAACUUCUGUAAAUGAACAAGUUUGGACAUUAUAUGUGGAACUAGAUGUAUUUUCUUUCCUCCUUUAAGUUCUAAGAGAAAUGAAACCGUUAAGUCAGCAUAUUAUGAUUUCCUGUGUGAUAACCUUAGCACUUGAGGCAGUCCGGCUCAGUUAUGCGUUUGGCUCAAGCCUCAAGCACUAUUUGCACUAUUCAAAGGUUCAGCUUGCUCAGGGCACAUCUGGUUGUUAAAAUUACAUGUUGAAUUUAAACCCUUCUUGUCAGUGGCUAAAAAACCAAAACCUCCCAUCAGCAUCACUUAAGAGUUGGACAGUUCCCCCAAAAUGAAGAUUUGCUGUUUUCUUCAGUACAACAUUAAAGACAUCUUAGAUGAAACUUUAAUGAUGGUUCAUAAAAUGAAAGUCAGUAGCUUCCGGCUCUUGAAUGUAAAAAAAAUAAAAAAUAAAGAAUAAAUAGUGUAAUUGUAUACAUACAUACAU